GGGAGCGAUGGGGCCACAGGGAGUCGGGACCCUCCAGGCCCCCCGCCAGACCCCGGGCAACUCCCGGAGCUGAUCCGCCUGAACGAGACAGGCCGCCUCAACCAGGGGGCCAUCUGCGGCUUGGUGGGCGCUGUGGACUGGAGCGCGCAGGGCGCGCAAAUUGGUGCGCGAGAAAUUCUGGACGCCUCUGACCCCAAGAUCAGCCCCAGAGACCGCCUGCCCCUGGGGCCCCACCACUGUCAGAACUAUUCCAUAGGGCAAGUGGGCGACAAGGUCGGCCCGGUCUUCUUACCGGCCCUAGCAGCCUGUGGACUGCAAGGUUACAAGAUGCCUCCUCUCCAGAUCAGAACGUCUGACCUCAAAGAGGUCAGCAACCCACACGCAGUUUCUAACUUCAAGCCUGGCCUAGACAGAGUCCCCAAAGGCAGACCAUCCCCCAGGCUUCUCAACCCCAGAACAGAACUUAGGUUCCCCCUUCCCAUCAGCCCCCAUAACAGGACCAAGUUAUCCAGCUCCUUGGGUACCCCAGUUAGGAUUCCCAAGGCAAGAGCUGGGUACUCCUCUACCUUGGGAGUGGGCUGCUGUCCUGUGGGUCCCAACAGGAGGCUGGUUCCUGUGGAUGGACUCCUGUAUGAAGCAGAGGUGUCAGCCACUAUUAACAGCCCGCUAGUCAUUACAGGUAGCCUGCCCCCAGGCUCUGGGUCUACCUCCUGCGUAUUAAAGACGCCUGACCUCUGA